AUGGCCGAUCCUGUUGCGAAUGAUUUUAGCGAUUGUAAGGAGUUGUACGUUCAAAUUGAAAAGAAAGAAGUUGGAGACUUGAAAGAAAAUUUUAAGAAAGGUAGUGGUAAGUUACUGUGGCCUGAAAGUGCUUACCAACCCGUCAUAACUGUCAGCUGCAAGAAAAUUUUGGCUGAACUUCACAAGGAAAGAUUUUGUUCUGGAACAAAAGGUCGUUGCAUAAAAUACAAAGAUAAAUGGUUCAGUCCCCAAGAGUUUGAGUUUGAAUGUGGCAUUCAUGGUCGCAAAUGGAAAUCAACAAUUAAAUAUAGCGGUCAGAGUCUUGCAAGUCUUUUCAGAGAUAAUAUAUUACCAUUGCAUAAUCCAUCAUGCAGUUGCUCGUUGAAGUGGAAAGAGUCCACUGAUGUUUCUCCAUUAUCUCAACCGAUGCUAAAGAAGAGAAAAUGCACGAACAGUUUCAAAGUGGAACCUAGUAAAAAGAAAUCAUGGAGCAUGCCAGCUGCUCCAGUGAAUGAAUACUUGAUAGUGGAACGAGACAACAAUGAUGAUGUUGUGGUGGAGGAAGAAGAUGAGAAGUUAAUUGAAUGUGGUGAAGAUGAGGAGGAUGAUAUCAAUGUUAAAUGUCAUGCAAAAAACUUCCAUAGACAAAAUCAACCGGCCUUCACAAAAAUAACCAUGAAAUCGAGUCACUCUGCCAUUGUGAAUACAACCACAAAGCCUACAACUGAGAAUCCUAGACAAAAAACUUGCAUUACAGAUAGGUUGAUAGCAAUCUUCAUGAGUCGAUUGGAUGAGUUGAAAGAACUCAUGGAAGAGAUCAGAGACUCACAGGAACUCGACGUGAAUGAGCUGAAAAACCGACUGACAAAACAAAAAAAUCAGGAAUUAAGAGAGCUGGAGUCACACCUCUUACAAACGAUGAACUCUCGACUGGCGCAGCAGAAGAAACUGCAUGACAUCCAACUCCAGGAACUCCUCAUCCAAUCGAGACUACUCAGGACCAAACAAAACAAACCCAACAACAUUAACAGCAGCAACACAUCUCCUAAUAACAAGAGAAAGAGUAUCGAGUUCAAUCCAAACAAUACAGAUGAUUCCAGCGAAGGGGAUGCUGUCCAGUUUAGUGACAAGAAGAAAAAAAUGAAGUGCAUUUCAGUCUGA